CCCCUCACGCCGCCGCUGUCCCGCAGUGCCCGCGUUCCUCAUCCCCUCACACCGCCGCUGUCCCGCAGUGCCCGCGUUCCUCAUCCCCUCACACCGCCGCCGUCCCGCAGUGCCCGCGGCCCUGCGCAGCCAUGGCGUACCGCGGGCAGGGCCAGAAGGUGCAGAAGGUGAUGGUGCAGCCCAUCAACCUGAUCUUCCGCUACCUGCAGAACAGAUCCCGGAUCCAGGUGUGGCUCUACGAGCAGGUGAACAUGAGGAUCGAGGGCUGCAUCAUCGGCUUUGAUGAGUACAUGAACCUGGUGCUGGACGAUGCUGAGGAGAUUCACUCCAAAACCAAGGCCAGGAAGCAGCUGGGUCGGAUCAUGCUGAAGGGGGACAACAUCACCCUCCUGCAGAGCGUCUCCAAUUAGGACCAGGCUGCUCCCGGCCCCAAAUGGGGAUUGGGAACUCUGGGAAUGCGGGAUGAGCCACGGGGGAAAUCCCUGAGCUCCUGGGGGAAUUGUGUUUUGUACCUGGGGGGUUUCUUUGGGGAAUAAAAUGGGUUUUUUUUUUUCACAAAA